UCUCGUCAGUUAUUUUGUAAGCGUUCGGCCGCGAAACCAGACGUACGUUUGGCAGUAUUCAGCAGCUUCGUUACAUCGUACCUUUUUUAAUGUCGAAAAUCAUAUUUCAACAUUGAAAAUGAGCUACUACAAGCCUAGUUACAAUCAAACUGUGGCAAUGUCUCGUGGAGGUAGGGGUGGAUUCUCUUCAUCCAGGGGAUCCUCGUACAGAGGUUCCUCUCGGGGAUCAUCUUGGACUGGCAGCAGGGGCAGCUACUCAUCAUCCUCGAGAGGCAAUGGACGAGGAAAAUUCUCCAAUUCCUUUUCAAACAGCUCAUUUGAUUCGCGCUCCAAAUAUCCUAGCUCUGAUAAAUAUGCUGGAUCAAGGAGCCAUAAUGAUGAAUACAGAAAAUCCUACAAACCAGAAUCUGGAAGUUAUUCCAACAAAGAUCACAGAUCGCCUGAUAGAAAACGAAUGAGAACUGAAUCAAGUCACGAGAGAAGCUUUGGUAGUGGAUCCAGAGAGUACAACAGUAGUCGCUACGAGUCUGAUCGGAGAAGUUUCUCUAGCGAUGGAAGAUCGAGCGGACCGUUUAGUGGUCGCAAAGAAGAAUUUCGAAAGCCGCCGCCGCCGCCCCCGCCGAUAUCGAGCAGUCCCCGCGGUGGAUAUCGUGGAAGAGUGAGCUCUCGUGGGAUGAUACGAAGCCGGCUCAGAGAAAGGCCGUUGAGUAGUAGUGUACGUCGUACGCGUCUCCUUGAGAGUUCGUACGGCGUCAGGAGGCGCGUACUUACUGGACGCACGCACGACUACGCCAGGAGACUAAAAAUAUCCAAAAUGAGGAGCGUGAUUCGCAGAAAGAAAGAAGAGACCAGCGACAAGGAGGAGGAGGACGACGAGGAAGAUAGUGACAUCGAUAUGGCCGAUGAGAAAACUAUCAUAAAGAGCGAGGAUGUGGAAGACGAAGUGCGGGAGCACAAGUCUAGCGAUGAAACUGAGAAGAAAACCACGCCGAAGAAGACCUCCCCCAAAAAGGAGGAAGAGGUUGCCUCGGACAAAGAAGAUUCGAAGGACGACGACACGGACGAGAAGAACAAGAGCUUCAUCAAACUCACCUGUCCGCACUGUCUGACGCGUUCCACUACCUUUGCCAAAUAUAGUAUGCAUUUGCAUAGUGGACGUCACGCUUCGGCCAUGAGGAGGGUCGCCAUGAAACAGAAGAGUAUUCUGAGUCAAAUGAGGCUGGUCCAAAGGCGCGCCCAGCGUGAACUCGAGAAGAACGCAAGCGAUUUGGCUCUGCGCACUAGCUGGUGUCCCCUCUGCAAACUAAACUAUAAACAAGCAAAACUGACACAUCAAACAUCUCAGGCUCAUAAGGAUAUGAAGAAAUUCUUGAUGCCUUACUGCAAGAUAUGCAAAUUGACAUUCAAGAGCCCAAUGCUGUAUGAAAGUCAUUGCUGCUCGAUUGAACACAUAAAACGUAAGUCAACCGCAACAGGCGGUGAUGAUAUAUCCGACAAGGAGGAAACUGAGGAGGAUUUGGAAAAUUUCAUGACUAUUGAUUCCGUAGGCGAUAUGGAUGAAGAAGGUGAUACUGCUGAGAAGAAAGAAGGUGGUGAUUCUAAAUCUAAGGAGCACAUCAAUGUUGGUAUAGAAAAUAUUAAAAAAGUUGAGGUACACUAUUGCGACCUGUGCCGCUUGUACUUGCCGCGUGUAUCUGAAGACGAAGAAAUGAAUAAAAUAUUAGUCAGGCAUUGCAGACAACGUACCCAUUUACAAAAGUACAUAAGGUACAAGGAAGAUAGGGAACUGGCCAAGAAGGCCGAGAAACUGCAACGCAAGGAGACCGCGGAAAAGGAGAAAGAAAAAGAGGAGGAAGCUUCGCACAAAGAAACCGACGAUAAAAUUGAUGAUCCUUCCGUUGAGAAGAAGAAAGAGAACGACAUUCCUAAGAAGGAUGGAGCCUCGGAGGAUACGGAGACUGCGAAUGUCGAGGAAGAGAAGAUAUGGGCAGAUGUUGAUAAAGACUUGGGAGAUAUAUUAGCCGAGGCCGAGUCCGGAACAAAGAGUUCCGAUGAGGAUGAGGAUUCCGUGGCGAACGGGGAAAGAUAUGAUCGGUUUAAGUAUAGUGAGAAAAACGGGAAGAAAAUGAAAGUGAAAGUCGAAGAAAAAGACGAAGAGACAAAGAAACUGGAAGAUGCUGAAGCUGAAAAAUAGAGAGAUAUGUGCUCUGUUCAACGUGAAUUUGUGUUGUAAAUGUGUAUUUUUUUCUUUUUUAAUGCCUAUUUGAUUAGUGUGUUCGAAUGAAUUAGGUUUAUUUUUUUUUUAAUUACUGAUAAUCGUUUAUGUAUUAUUAUAAUAAAUUGAAUAUAUAAGAAUACUA